UCGAAAUCGAAAUUCCUCUCCUCUAAACCCUAAUUUUCCAUUUCUGAUAUGAAUUCUUCCGGUAUUUCUUCCUCUUUUCAAACCCUCAUUUUUGAUUUGGAUGAUACCUUGUAUUCUUCCAAGACUGGAAUUGGCAAAGCUCUUAAACGAAACGUUGAAGAAUUUCUUGCUGACAAAUUUGGAAUUUCUGAAUCCGAAGCUCAGGAUAUGAACAGAGAGCUUUUCAGAACUUAUGGCAGCUCAUUAGCUGGCCUCCGGGAUUUGGGAUAUGAUAUCAAUCCCGAUGAUUAUCACAGAUUCGUGCACGGAAGAUUGCCCUACGAUCUGAUCAAACCGGACGCAGAGCUGCGCAACAUUCUGCAAUCGAUCAGACAGCGCAAAAUCAUUUUCACGAAUUCGGAUAGAAUUCACGCGAUGAAAGCGCUCGAUCGCCUCGGAAUCAGAGACUGCUUUGAGACAAUCAUAUGUUUCGAAACGAUGAACCCUGGCUUGUGGAAACCCGCGUCGAUGGAACAUCCCGUGGUCUUGAAGCCGUCGAUGGAGGCGAUGAGGAUCGCUGUCGACGCUGCAGACGUCGAUCCCCGCCGCACGUUGUUUUUCGACGACAAUGUGAAGAAUAUAGCCGCCGGGAAGGCUGUCGGGCUUCAGACAGUUUUGGUUGGAAGAGUAACAAAGAGCGAAGAAGCAGAUUAUGCUAUAGAAACGGUGACAAACAUGGUGCAGAUGAUCCCAGAAAUAUGGGUAGGUGAUGAUGAUAAGAGGAUUAAUCACGCCAGAAAUGAAAUGGAUUCCGUUUAUGCAGCCACUACCGUUGUUGCUUGACUCACUUGUACAUCUACAACUAAUCAACUGCUAUGUACAAUCAAGUCUGUAAUCUUUAAUCUUUAUGUAUGUUGAUCAAUAAUUGUACGUGGAUAUUCGAGAAUAAUGGAUUCGAUCAAAUGCUAACACGAGAAGAAAGUGAUUUUUAUUUA